UGUACUCGGGUCGGGUCGAAAUCAAGAACAACACUUCCACUGGAUUGUAAAUUCCAAACUCCAUCCCAUAAUAAGCUCACAACCUUAAAUUCAAAAAUCUAACUAUCCUCAAUUUCGGACCAGGACAAUAUUGGUCGGAGAAACAACAUUAACGGCCACAUUGGAACAUAUACAUACGGCCUGAAUUCUAUUAUACAAGGUAUAUACAGUGCAGUGGGACAAAACAGAGAGGCUCUUGUUCAGGUUUGUUUGUACAAGUAUGUUGAUAUGAUUCAUGGGUUUACUUAAUCUUGAUAUUAUAUUGGUGGGUUUUGUUUCUUGUUAGAUUCUUGAGUGUUCUUGUGAGUAUUUAUGAAUUAUAUGGGGACUAAGAAAGACUAAGACAAGUUUCUUAGCCCCCUAUGGAUGGUUUUUCAAGGGGGUAAGAAUUAGAAGUUGGAAAUAAUGAGUAUCUCGUUGCGUAAUUCGAUUCUUGGGGUUCCGGUUCAAUGUUAUGGAAAUGGGAGAAACGGUGGUGGGAAUUUAGUUGGGGUUGGAGUAGGGAGAAGGGGUUCUCGUAAAUGUGUUAUUCGUGCUAAGAGUAAUGAUUGGGUUUCGAAUGGGGUUAAGUUUACGCAUUUUUGUGGGAGGAAUGUGGAGUUGUUGUGGAAGAAUAUUGGGUUGAGAAGUGGGAUGAUGGUGAAUUGUGUGAAAGAUCCUUUUGUGAAAAGUAAGACUUUGGUAAGGACGAGGUUGGCUCCGGUGUGGGAAGAGGGUUUGUUGAUAGUCAGGUGUUCUGUCUUCUGCGCGGUCAUCUCUGGGGUGUGUUUGUUGUUAUGGUAUGGGCAGGUGAAGGCUAAGAGUUUUGUGGAAACCAAGCUGUUGCCUUCUGUUUGUGAAGCACUGAGUGAACAUAUUCAGCGGGACCUUAAUUUUGGGAAAGUUCGAAGAAUUUCACCUUUGAGCAUUACGUUAGAGUCAUGCUCUUUUGGGCCUCAUGUGGAGGAAUUUUCUUGUGGUGAGGUUCCUACCAUAAAGCUACGUGUUCUUCCUUUUGCAAGUUUACGAAGGGGGAAGAUUGUUGUUGAUGCAGUUUUGCAUAAUCCCAAUUUGUUAGUCGUGCAAAAGAAGAACUAUACUUGGUUGGGUAUUCCUUUCACUGAUGGACUUGUACCGAGGCACUUGUCAACUGAAGAAGGCAUUGAUCAUCGUACAAAGACCAGGAGGAUUGCUAGAGAGGAUGCAUUUGCUCGCAUGGUCCAAGAGAGAGAUAAUGCAGCUAUAGAGGCUGCAAAGAUGGGGUAUAUAUUUUCUGAUGGAGGUGCAAGUUCGUCUGAGUUCGGUACCACAAAAGCAUUUGCUAGCAAUCCAACAGGAUUAACAACUUCUGAACCUAUUUUUUGCAUGGAUGAGAAAUUGCACUGGCGAGAUCAUCACUGCAUGGAUGCAGGUGUGGAGUAUGAUAUGAAGCAUGCCGACCUAGAAAAAUCGUUUGGAGUAAAUACUCCUGGAUCAGGAAUUAAAUUUUGGCCUAAAUUAAUACCUGGCCCUAUUAAGCGUAAGUUCAAGAGAAGGACUAAUGGGCGAGAUAUCUCUGCAGCUGGUAUUUCAGCGAAAACGCGAAUUCUCGAGCGUAGUGCGUCAGCAGCACGUGCAUACUUUUUGGAAAUAUCACAAGGCGGAGACCCUAAUCACAUGUCUAGAGGUAAUCAUGUUAUGAAUCUUGAAGAGGUUCUUUUGAAUUCCAAGGAUGAUAAUAGUGGUGCCAGUACUUUUAUUUUGAAUAACUCGGAUGAUAUGGCUGCUCUGGACCAGUCUACAAGACUAAAUACUGGAGGAAACAGAAAUAACGAGAAUAAAAUAAUUGAAGUUGACGAAAUUUAUUUGACUGGUAAGGAAACCUUAAACCAGGAUAGCAAUAUGGGGAAUGUAAUUGCAAGUACAGAAAAUUUGGGAAACCAUAUUCUUUCUGAAGUUAUUAAUCCAUCUGUUUCAACUCAAGAAAGAGCAAUUGGAGGUAAAAGCUCCUUAUCUGUGGGAGAUGCUGCAAGUGUGAUGAAAACAAAAUCUUGUGAUAUAAAUAAAGAUAUUCAGGGAGAUUCUUUAGUAAAUGAGCACAUGGAUAGCAAAGAUAAGUUAAGUGUACAGAGUGGUCAGGUGCUGGAGUAUGAAGAAAGCAACUCGGAAGAUCAAGGAGUCCCUACAUCCCAGAUAUCAAAAUCCCUGAACCCCGAUCCUUUACCUGCAGUACAACAUUCAGAUUACGUUCGGCCUUGGAGCGUGGAAUCAGGUUUAAAUACUUUCAGCAGUGGAAUUGGAGAAGCGUGGUCCUUAGUAAUUACUCGUCCCUUCCAACGUCUUAAAUCAGAGUUCAGCCCGAAAGUUAAGGAUAUCGUUGCAGAACUUGUUGAAAAGGUUGACGAAGGGGAAACCUUAAGUAUCGAAAAAAUGCUUCCAAUAACUUUGGAUUCUGUUCAUUUUAAAGAUGGUGUGUUAAUGCUACUUGCUUAUGGUGACAACGAGCCCAGGGAGAUGGAGAAUGCAAGUGGACACAUAAAAUUUCAGAAUGACUAUGAUCGUGUGCAUGUACAGCUGAGUGGCAGUUGCAAGAUGUGGAGAUCAGAUGCGACAUCUGAAGACGGUGGCUGGUUGUCUACAGAUGUUUUUGUCGAUGUCAAUGAGCAGAAAUGGCAUGCAAAUUUGAAAGUUUUGAACCUCUUCGUUCCUCUGUUUGAGAGGAUACUAGAAAUCCCAAUUACCUGGUCUAAAGGAAGAGCUAGCGGUGAGGUCCAUAUUUGCAUGUCAAGUGGAGAAGUCUUUCCUAAUCUUCACGGGCAGCUUGAUGUGACAGGCUUGGCCUUUCAAAUCUUUGAUGCUCCGUCAGAAUUUCUUGAUAUUACAGCAAGCUUGUGCUUCCGUGCUCAAAGAAUAUUUCUACAAAAUGCUAGUGGUUGGUUUGGUAGUGUACCUUUGGAAGCUUCUGGAGACUUUGGCAUUGAGCCUGAGGAAGGAGAAUUUCACCUUAUGUUUCAGGUCCCUUCUGUUGAAGUUAAUGCCCUGAUGAAGACUUUUAAAAUGAAGCCUUUCUUGUUCCCAUUGGCUGGUUCUGUAACAGCUGUAUUCAAUUGCCAAGGUCCCUUGGAUGCUCCGACAUUUGUAGGAAGUGGAUUAGUUUCGAGGAAGAUAACAAGUGCAGUUUCUGAUAUUCCUGCAUCAGCUGCCUAUGAGACAAUGAUGAAGAAUAAAGAGGCUGGUGCAGUGGCAGCAGUUGAUCGAGUUCCAUUUUCCUAUAUAUCUGCAAAUUUCACUUUCAACACUGAUAACUGUGUUGCUGAUUUGUAUGGAAUUAGAGCUAGCCUCGUUGACGGUGGUGAAAUUCGUGGAGCAGGAAAUGCAUGGAUCUGUCCUGAGGGUGAAGAAGAUGAUACAGCAAUGGAUGUGAACUUUUCGGGGAACCUAUCUUUCGAUAAGAUCAUGCAUCGAUAUCUACCCGCUUCGCUUCAGCUGAUGCCACUUAAAUUAGGGGACCUAAAUGGGGACACGAAGCUUUCUGGAUCGUUGCUGAGGCCAAGGUUUGACAUUAAGUGGACAGCACCUAAAGCUGAAGGAUCAUUCAGUGAUGCUCGAGGAGAUAUCAUUAUUUCACAUGAUCACAUUAUUGUUAGUUCUUCAUCUGUGGCUUUCGAACUUUACACAAAGAUCCUUACAGACUAUCUUGAUGAGUACGUCCCAGAUAAGAUAGAGCCAGACAUGAGAAAUGGCAUGCCCUUAAUAGUGGAAGGAGUGGAAUUGGAUUUACGGAUGCGUGGUUUCGAGUUUUUCAGCUUGGUUUCUUCACAUGCUUUUGAUUCUUUACGGCCAGUACAUCUGAAAGCUACAGGAAGAAUCAAGUUUCAAGGAAAAGUUGUCAAACCAUUAAGCAUCAGUAAUGAGCAAGUGUUGACUUCUAAGGAAAAUGAAGAUUUUUCUACGAAAGUUAUACAAGAUGCACACAGUCUUGUUGGUGACGUUUCAGUCUCUGGCCUUAAACUGAAUCAAUUGAUGAUUGCACCUCAGUUGGGUGGAAUCUUGAGCAUUUCACAUGAGGGUAUCAAGUUGGAUGCUAUAGGCAGACCAGAUGAAAGUCUUUUAGUUGAGGUCGUAAGACCAUCACAACCUAUUGCUGAGGAAAGCAUUAUUGGCAACAUGUUGUCCUUUUCUCUUCAGAAGGGGCAUCUAAGAGCUAACGUUUGCUACAGACCACUGCAUUCUGCUAGCUUGGAGGUACGCAAUUUGCCACUUGAUGAAUUGGAGCUGGCUUCACUCCGGGGUACGAUACAGAGGGCGGAACUUCAACUUAACUUCCAGAAAAGAAGGGGUCAUGGUGUUCUAUCUGUACUUAAACCAAAAUUCAGUGGCGUAUUAGGGGAAGCUCUAGAUGUGGCCGCUAGAUGGAGUGGGGAUGUGAUUACUGUCGAAAAAGCUGCUUUGGAACAAAGUAAUAGCCAAUAUGAAAUCCAAGGUGAAUAUGUGCUGCCUGGCACACGUGAUCGUAUCCCUGCUGGAGUGGAGAAAGGAAGCUUGCUCAGAAGAGCAAUGGCUGGUAAGUUGGGUAGUGUCAUAUCUUCUAUGGGUAGAUGGAGAAUGAGGCUAGAAGUUCCUCGAGCUGAGAUUGCUGAGAUGCUUCCACUUGCCAGACUUCUUUCUAGAAGUACUGAUCCUGCUGUUCAGUAUAGAUCAAAGGACCUAUUUAUGCAAACUCUGCAGUCAGUGGGGGUAUAUGCUGAAAACCUUCAAAAUCUUCUUGAGGAGUUCCGGGCCCAUUUCACUCUACAAAAUGAAGUGAUACUUGAGGAGUUGAGCCUUCCAGCUUUAGCUGAACUCAAAGGUCGCUGGCGUGGAUGUUUAGACGCAAGCGGUGGGGGCAAUGGAGACACAAUGGCAGAGUUUGAUUUCCAAGGGGAGGAAUGGGAAUGGGGAACUUACAAAACACAGCGUGUCCUAGCUGCUGGCUUGUACAGCAACGAUGAUGGCUUGCGUCUAGAGAAAAUGUUUGUUCAGAAGGAUAAUGCCACAAUACAUGCAGAUGGAACACUGUUAGGGCCAAUAACCAAUUUGCAUUUUGCUGUUCUUAACUUCCCAGUCAGUCUAGUUCCCACCGUGGUGCAGGUUAUCGAAUCUUCAGCCACUGAUGCUGUUCAUCCAUUGAGACAACUUUUAGCACCAAUAAAGGGUAUACUGCACAUGGAAGGGGAUCUUAGAGGUAGUCUUGCUAAACCAGAAUGUGAUGUGCAAGUGAGGCUCCUGGAUGGGGCUAUGGGGGGUAUUGAUCUGGGACGAGCUGAAAUUGUUGCUUCCUUGACAUCAACUAGUCGUUUUUUGUUUAAUGCAAAAUUUGAACCCAUCAUCCAAAAUGGUCAUGUACAUGUUCAAGGAAGCAUUCCUGUAACUCUUGUACAAGGUAAUGUGUUAGAAGAAGACAAAAUAGAAAGAGAUAAUAAUGAAGCAACAUGGGUCCCAGGUUGGGCCAAGGAGAAAGGCAAAGGAUCUGCAGAUGAAGUUGGGGAUAAGAAAGCGUCUAGGGAUAGAACUGAAGAAGGUUGGGAUACUCAGCUAGCAGAAGGUCUUAAAGGCUUAAACUGGAAUGUGCUGGAUGCUGGAGAAGUUAGGGUUGAUGCUGAUAUUAAAGAUGGUGGCAUGAUGUUGCUGACUGCAUUAUCUCCAUAUGCCAAUUGGCUAAAUGGGAAUGCAGAAGUUAUGCUUCAGGUUAGAGGUACAGUUGAACAACCAGUGCUUGAUGGAUCUGCAUCAUUUCACAGGGCAACUGUAUCUUCACCAGUGCUACGGAAACCACUCACAAACUUUGGUGGCCUACUUCGUAUGGAUUCGAAUAGAUUGUGCAUCAAUUCACUGGAGAGUAGGGUGAGCAGAAAAGGAAAGCUGUCACUGAAAGGGAACCUUCCUCUGAGGAAUACAGAGGCAUCCCUUGGUGAUAAAAUUGACUUGAAAUGUGAAGACCUAGAAGUCCGUGCAAAGAAUAUUUUAAGUGGUCAGGUUGACACCCAGCUGCAAAUAACUGGUUCCAUAAUGCAACCAAAUAUAUCUGGAAAGAUCAAAUUGAGCCGUGGAGAAGCUUAUUUACCACAUGAUAAGGGUGGCGGAGCUGCUCAAAUUAAUCGGGAUGUUUCAAAUCAAUCAAAUUUUCCUAGUGGUUACAAUCAAGUGGUUGCUUCAAAGUAUGUUUCACGCUUUCUAAAUUUGAAGCCCGCUGCUUCAAGUGCUCCGUUUAAUCAACUAUCAGAUAAAGAGGCUGAAGUUGAGAAGGAAAUGGGCCAUGUAAGUAGUAAGCCCAAAAUUGAUAUCCGCCUCAAUGACUUGAAGCUUGUUCUUGGACCAGAGUUGAGGAUAGUUUAUCCUUUGAUCCUGAAUUUUGCAGUUAGUGGUGAGCUUGAGUUAAAUGGCUUAGCUCAUCCCGAAUGGAUUAAACCUAGAGGCAUUCUGACAUUUGAGAAUGGUGAUGUUAAUCUCGUUGCAACACAGGUGAGGCUGAAGCGGGAGCAUCUAAAUAUUGCAAAGUUUGAGCCUGAAAAUGGACUAAAUCCAAUGCUGGACCUAGCUUUGGUUGGAUCAGAGUGGCAAUUUAGGAUUCAGAGUCGAGCUAGCAAAUGGCAGGACAGUUUGGUAGUGACCUCAACACGUUCAGUGGAACAGGACGUCCUUUCCCCUACAGAGGCUGCUAGAGUCUUCGAAAGUCAAUUGGCAGAAUCUAUCUUGGAAGGUGAUGGUCAGCUUGCAUUUAAGAAGCUCGCUACUGCUACACUUGAAACUUUAAUGCCAAGAAUAGAAGGGAAAGGUGAAUUUGGACAAGCAAGGUGGAGGCUUGUAUAUGCUCCACAGAUUCCUAGUUUGCUUUCUGUUGAUCCUACAAUUGAUCCUCUUAAAUCUCUUGCCAACAAUAUAUCAUUUGGAACUGAAGUUGAAGUCCAGCUUGGAAAACGCCUUCAGGCCUCUAUUGUUAGACAAAUGAAGGACUCGGAGAUGGCAAUGCAAUGGACUUUAAUUUACAAACUUACAAGCCGCCUUCGAGUACUUCUGCAAUCUGCUCCAUACAAACGUCUACUUUUUGAAUAUUCUACUACAUCUCAAGAUUAAGCUUUGAGAUUUGUAGCCAGAAUUCCAUGGUAAUGUAUUUUCUCGUUGUAGAAAAAUGUAGCAGUAGCUAGUCACACUAUACUCACCCUACUUCCCUUUUCUAGUCUUUAGGGCACAAUUCAAUGUAAAUGUUGUAAAUAUAUAUCAUUGUUUGCUCAGAAAAUGAACGAGCUUGUUUAUAGUCUCA